CGAAAGUACCCUCACUCGGAAGGCUUCGGAAUGUACUUUCGCUUUCAUGGUUGCACUUUUUAAAAAGGGGGAAAGAAAACUGUACAGAAUAUAUCUUUUGACCACUGAUUAGAUAUGUAAAUGAGUCCCUCCGGCAUUCACGUCAACAAAACUUUGAUCCUAGUUAUCUUCUCUAUCAUUGUCGGGAUUGUCAUAUUCAAAAACUACAAAUACAUUGGCACUUUUCUGAAGUUUGACGAAAAGAGGGAAGAAAUGAGCAAGAUCCCACAGGAUGCCCUCGACCAUGCCAAAACUUUGAAAGUUGAAAACUACAAGGUUAAAGUUGAGUUGAAGGAUGGCAAGAGUGUUCAGAUCGUUGUCCGUGAGGUCAUUUCACAACCUGGAGUAACUGAUAUUCUCUUCCUCCAUGGACAGGCAUUUUCUUCAGAGGAUUGGGAAAAAAUCAACACCCUGAGGAUAUUUUCUGCUCUUGGAUACCAUCCAGUGGCUGUAGACCUACCCGAGGGAGGUAAGACUCAAAGUGAGAAGACUGAUGUCGGAGACAAGGGAAUGUUUUUGGAGAAACUGAUUUCUACCCUGAAAUUGAAAUCCCCAGUCAUUAUCAGUCCGUCUAUGAGUGGGAGCUACUCUCUACCUUAUCUCUUCAAGGACCCUUCAGCUGUAAAACAGCGCUCCAGAGGGUUUGUCCCUGUAGCACCAGUACACACAAAGGAGUUCACCCCAGAGCAGUACAAAAAUCUCCCAAUUCCAUCUGCCAUUGUCUAUGGAGAGAAUGACCAAACGAUUGGUCCAGUCUCUACUAAAAAUUUAAAGAACCUGCCUAACAGUAAACUCAACAUGAUAAAAGGGGCAGGCCACGCAGCAUGGAUAGACAAACCAGAAGAGUUUCAUCUCAUCUUGUACAAGUUCCUUCUUAGUCUGAGCAGUGAUAACUGAUUUCAUUAAAAGGGAGACAUUCUUGGGUCUUGGGGAGGGUAUGAUCAUUAUUUUCUUUUGUUUCAUGGUGCAAGUUUGAUUUUUUUUUAUUUUUAGUAGUCUGUGUUCUGGAUUGCUGGUGCUCAAUUUUUCUUGUGUAUUUCAUGCUUAAAUUGCAUUCUGUGUAAAUUUUUCAGUGUAUUUUUCAAGGUCAAGAUUUAACAAUUGAUUGUGUAAACAGUAUGAUCUUUUUUUUCCCCCAAACUUUCAAGAUGCCUGCUGAAUGAAGUUACAGUGAUAUAAUGAUUUUGAAUCCUGCAUGCUUAUGGUUACUGUAAGAAAGAGUGUGUUUGUUAUAUAUUUUUAGGCAGUUGUAUUAAAAAGGAGAGGUAUAUAUACAUUGAAGAAGAAUUUCAUUUUGUUUUUAACAACUCUAUGGUAUAAACAUUUGAGACAUUUACAUUUCAAGAAAUGUCAUGUGAAUCCAAGUGCUUUAAACUCUUAAAAUUUUAAUAUAUUUAGUUCUCAAAAUCUAAAGGAGUUAUGUAGUUUUGGAGAAGUUUUGUGCAAAGCUACAAAUGUACAGAAAAACGAUAUCCAGUGCAGUAGUAUAUUAUCUGUUUUAUGAUAUGUACACAUGUUAAAAAUGAUGUUCAGUGAUUAAAUGUGUUCUAUGUAUUUGUCUUUUAUUAGUGUGUAUGCAUAAUUUUGAAAUCACUUGAAAGUAACCUUUUUGCAAGUUUACUGCAUCGAAUGCAUCACCGUACAUAGUAUUCUAGUUACUGGUAUUUACUUCACAUAAAGAUAUUCAUGAAAA